AUGUCGGCGUCUCUGCCCGGCAACAGAGACGUACCGCCGUCGCGCCACGACCUAAACACGUAUUGGGGCAGAGUAAAGCACUCUGCAGACAUAGCAGAUCCGAGGACAUUGCUCACAUCGAGCGCUGGUCUCGAACAUGCCAAAACACUCAUCUCCCAAUACAAGCGAGGCGAGAUACAGGCGAUGACUCCGGAGCUAUGGCAGGCGAAGAAGAUUGUGGACUCUACGCUCCAUCCUGACACCGGCCAGCCAGUCGUCCUACCCUUCCGCAUGUCCUGUUUCGUCAUCUCCAACCUCGUUGUCACAGCCGGCAUGCUCAGCCCAAACCUCAGCACUACCGGCACAGUAGCGUGGCAAUGGGCCAAUCAGUCCCUCAAUGUGGCCAUCAACAACGCCAACUCCAACAAGUCCACCCCUCUAUCGACCUCCCAAAUGGUGCAGUCCUACUUUCUGGCCGUUGGAGCCAGCUGUGGUGUAGCCGUUGGUUUGAAUUCCCUCAUCCCGCGCAUGAAGCGCUUGAGUCCUGCUGCUCGAGUCACUAUGACCCGACUGGUCCCCUUCGCAGCCGUCGCAAGCGCAGGUGCACUGAACGUCUUCCUCAUGCGCGGCGAAGAGAUCCGGAAAGGCAUCGACGUCUACCCGCACGAAUCAGACGCAGCACGCCGGAAGCGCGAGGAAGCAGACCAACAGCUCGAGCCCAUCGGCAAGAGCAAGAAGGCUGCUACGCUGGCUGUAGGAGAGACUGCGCUGUCACGAGUGCUCAAUGCAACGCCCAUCAUGGUCAUCCCACCACUCGUACUUGUCCGGCUUCAGCGAACUGCAUGGCUCAGCCAGCGGCCGCGGAUGGUGCUGCCGGUCAACCUUGGGUUGAUCUUGACGACGAGUCUGUUUGCUUUACCGCUGGCUUUGGCUGCGUUCCCGCAGAGGCAGGCUGUCAGGGCGUCGACUUUGGAGCCGGAAUUCCAUGGUCAUAGAGGGGAGGAUGGGAUGCUCGAGUUCAAUAGAGGGCUGUGA